AUGACCGGCGAUACCGUAAUCCAAGACGGUGAUAAACAUUCUCACCACAAUCAUGACGCAUCAGUCGUUCCUCCGAGGAAUGGCCACUCUACUCCCCAAUUCCAGCCUCAGAGAGGUUGCAAGCCCACAGUCAUUGGUAUAUAUGGCAUCUCUGGAUCCGGAAAGUCUUUUAUCCUUGACAUUUUGAGGAACGACCUUGAUCCUGCUCACUUCAUCCUCUUUGAGGGCUCAGAGGUGAUCGACUCACUUGGCCCAGGGGGUUUGACAGCAUUUCGUGCAUCAACCGAGGAAGAAAAGUCAAAGUUUCGCAUUAAAGCUAUCAAUUUCAUCAAGAAUGAGACUUGCAUGAGUGGAAAGACUGCGAUUGUUACAGGGCAUCUGAUGUUCUGGUCAGAGAUAGACAACGCCCCGGAAGCAGUCUAUACAUCGGAGGACCUUGACACGUUUACACACAUCAUCUACCUCAACAUCCCCAUUGACAUCAUUGAUCGACGCAUUGCUGGCGAUAUUGAAAAGCACCGAGAAAUCACGUCUGCGGAGUCUUUGACAAAAUGGCAAGAUGCCGAGCUUUCUACUCUCCGAGAUCUCUGCCGUCAGCACAGUAUUCUCUUCCUCCCCGUUUCCGAAUGCAGGGGCCUGAUUUCCAAGUUGAAGGGUCUGGUACAAUAUUUCAGUCGACCAGCGACAGUUGAGGAUAACAUUGAAGUGGUGCGAUCGCGACUCGAUCAGAUUCUUGCUCUUCCCAUCAAUGCGGACCUUGAGACAGUCUUGGCAACCCUACUCUACGAAGAAGCUGUUGAUGACAAAGAGUUUGAUGCAAUCUGCCAGACCGUUGCAUCUUCAGUCAGUUUGUACCCCGAAAUUGUCUCCCUCCUGAGGCUUGUUGCAGUACAGAAGCAUGUCGGAGCUAUUGUGGUCACAUGUGGCAUCGGCCUUGUCUGGAACAAAGUCUUGGAGAGAUAUGGGCUAUCAGUAACAGUCAAGGUGAUGGGCGGUGGGCGCAUCUCGGACGGGUACAUCGUCAGCCCAUCUAUCAAAGCCUCUGUUGUGUCUCAUCUUCAAGAUGUGGCACAUCUCUAUGUUUGGGCCUUUGGGGAUAGUCUGUUAGAUAUUCCUAUGCUUCAAAGGGCGGACCAGUCGAUCGUCGUUGUUGGUAAUGCCAACACCAGGAGCUCUAGCAUGGACGUGUCGUUCUCCGAGGCAAUCCACAAGAGUGGACUUGAAGCACGACAGGUCUUACUGCCAAGCAAUUCACCACCCCGACUUGAUAGUAAACUUCUGCCUCUCAUCAGCCUUGAAGAUAAGGAGCUCCUUCACAGUAUCUUCAGUCGUCGAACAUUUCAACUCCUACAAGCAACCGGUAAGACUUCCGCCAAACUUCUCAUGGCACCAAUGCGCGACGCUACGAUCUCUGGCCCUCAUCUCAGGGAUGCCCAUACAAACGUCGGACGGUAUCUAGCGACUGAAUACGUCUCUCAGCUCAUCGGACUAGAAGAAUACGACAUCCCUCACGUGCAAGGUCAUUCAGCGACUGGCCAUCGUUUGCGCAAUGAAAAUCGGACCUCAAUCGUGGCUUUGAUGCGUGGGGGAGAGGCUAUGGCUUUUGGUAUCAGCGACGUGUUUGCAAAAGCCAUGUUUAUCCAUGCGUCGUAUGCCGAAGACAUCAAAUUACAUCACGUACAGGGCCAAGCCACUGUGAUACUGGUGGACUCAGUGGCUAACAGUGGAAAGACUCUCAUCGAGUUCAUUAAGCGCGUGGGUCGUUUGGAUGCCAAGGUUCACAUAGUGAUCGUGGUAGGAGUGGUUCAGGUAGAUGCAGUCGCCGAAAGUCACAUUCUUGCGAAAGCCAUGAGAUAUCAUGGGGCUAGCAUGAUUGCACUGAGGGUUUCGGAGAACAAGUUCACGGGAACAAAGACAACAGAUACUGGCAAUCGGCUGUUCAACACAACGCAUUUGGUGUGA